AUGCAAGAUGUGGGCAUUUCAUACAAAGAGGUGCAGUUCAAUGGCUCAUUAUUAAUGUCCAAUGUGUAUCGUCUGGAUGCUGGUCCUGAAGUCGACGCAGCGUGGAAGUCUUUGGGUGUAGACUACCAUGCGGCCAGAGUGCCUGUGGAGGAGGCACAGCGCUCUGGCAUUGCAGCAGAUCAAGUCAAGAUCAAAGAAGAAUACGGCGGUGGAUACCCGGCUCACGUAGAGGGUUUGCACCACCUCCACUGUUUGAAUCUGCUGCGCAAGUCUUUAGCUUGGAAUUUUGACUACUACCGGAAGCAAGGCCUGGGCCCUUUCUCCAACGAUGCAAACAUCCUCAAGCACCAUGUCACACACUGUCUCGAUACCCUACGCCAGCAACUCAUGUGCGUUGUGGAUGUCGCGGUCCUGGGUCAGGUGUGGUAUCAGCCCCCUGGCAAGGCAUUGCAGGCGUUUGUGGAUUUCAACACUGUGCACACGUGCCGUAACUUUGAUGCGAUUAGAGAAUGGGCAGAGAAGCACCAGUUGCCGAAUCAGGGAGACACGCCCAGUGAUUUUCUCGCCUUACCCAAGGCGGGUGAUCGGAUAUACCAUGCAGUGCCUUAG